CUUUUUAUUUAGCCUCAUAAACGACUUCUUCGUUCAAACCUCUCCGUCUCCGAUUAUCAACCGAGAUUGCUCGGAGGCGAGGGAGGUCCUCGGUUUUCCCUCUCUACGACUCUCACAAACUCUGCAAUGGGUUUUUCUUCCUUCCUUGGACGCCUUCUUUUUGCUUCAAUCUUCAUCCUUUCCGCCAGACAGAUGUACAAUGAAUUUGGUAUUGAUGGUGGCCCUGCAGCUAAGCAAUUUGAGCCCAAGCUAGCAGUUAUUCAGAGGCAGCUGACUUCCAAAUUGGGAGAUGUGACAUUGAAGAUUGAUGUUAGCCAUUUUGUAGCUGCUGCUAUCGUUCUCAAAGGGCUGGGUGGCUUUCUUUUCGUGUUUGGCAGUCCAUUCGGUGCUUAUUUACUACUCAAUUACUUGAUAUUAACCACUCCACUUCUGUAUGAUUUCUAUAACUAUUCCUCCGAUGAUCGAGAAUUCCAUAGACUAUUGGAGGAGUUCUUGCAGUGUUUAGCCCUUAUUGGAGCAUUGCUGUUUUUCCUUGGUAUGAAGAUUUCAUUGCCAAGAAAACAACUGAAGAAGAAGGGCCUGAAAGCGAAAACAACUUAAAGAUCAAACUCGAGAGAACAUUGCUUUCGAGAGGGUUAGUUACUUAAGAGUUGUUUGUUCCAAAUAUUUUUUUGGGUGGUCGGGAAAAUGCUAUAUUUGUUAGGUGGAAUAUUUACCAUAAUUUAUGUAUGGUUCAGAUUUUGCUUGGUGAAUUUUUUCUUCUUUCGGACUCGACAACCAAUUGGAUUGAAAAACUGUCACUUAUUAUGAAAAGAAAGUAACUUCUUAAAUGUGU